ACCGUCACUAAUGACGCCGUUCGGCAAUGAAUUUUCUCUGCGUUCACAUUUUCUCCUCCAAAAAUUAUCAUUUCACUCUCUCUCUCCAGAAAGCAUUCUGCUCUCUUUUCCCCUCUCUCUCUCCUUAUUUUCCUCCCUUUCCCAGAGGAAAAGUUUCCAUCUUUGUAGAAUUCAUGACGGACAAGGGUCGGCCAUUGCCAAAAUUUGGUGACUGGGAUGUUAAUGAUCCUGCAUCAGCUGAGGGAUUUACUGUAAUUUUUAACAAGGCUAGGGAUGAGAAGAAGACAGGUGGCAAACCUGAGUCACCAGCAAAAGCUGAUCCUGAUGGUAAGCAGGGACAUGGAGUGGAUCAGGGCAAACCUCAGCCUAAAAGAUGGCUUUGCUGCAUUCAAGCCCCACCUGCAGAAUCUUGAUCAAGUCCUGUGUCCUUAAGAGCUUCCACAAAAAAACAUGUUUGAUGCCCACCAUAUGUUCCUCAACAAGAUAGAAUCUACAGGGUCCCUGCUAGAAUUUGUCCCUUUUUUGUGUAAAAUUUAAUUGCGGUGGGAAGAAAGCAAAAAGACAAGACAAAUACUUAAUGUAUCUAUAUGUACUGUUUUGGUGGGGUUGUUAUUAGAAUCUGAGUUAUUACUUCUUGUCAUUGAUGCUUCUUUGCUAUACGCUGUAGAGCUUUUGUGUGUGACAUACUGUUUGCUGUUAUAUCAGUGAUUGGCUUGUU